UUGGAUCUGGACAGCUGCCCCUGCCCCAGUGGCUUUGAAGAGCACGCAGGUCAGCUCUAGGUCCGGCCCUGCUGAGAGUCACUGAUUCUGCUGCAUUCAGGCAUCCUGAUGGCGGUGCAGGUUCCUUUGGGGUGGCCAGCCCUGCUGCCCCUGGUUGUGGUGGCGGCCACAUCCUUGGUCAGCACCAACACCUACAUAGAUGACCUACGGAAAGAGCUGUUACUGAAAGAGAAGACCAUGCGGCUUGGGAUGUCUGUGGAGAUGAAGGGCCAGGAGAAGAAGGUCAAUAAGUACCUCAUGGGCCUCAAAAGCGGUGAGGUUGAGGAGGCCAAAGAGACCCUGCAGUUCCCACCCAGCAUGCACUUCUUCUGGGCCAAGAGCCUCAUCGAGAACAGCAAGGUGUUUCAUAUUCUACAGAAGAUGCCAAAAGGGGCUGCCUUACACCUCCACGAAUUCAGCCUGGUGAGCACGGAGUGGGUGGUAAAGAACAUCACCUACAGGCCCCACUGCUAUUUCUGCGCCACUCAAAGGGGAGACUUGCUGUUCAAGUUCGCCAACCCACCUCCCCGAAACCCUAAGACCAGAGAGUGUUCACAGUGGUUCUCAAUGGAGGAGCUUCGAAAAAAGAUGAAGCCCAAGGACGUCAUUGAGUUCGACAAGAGCCUGCAGCGGGUGUUCAGUCUUGUGACCAAGAACCCUGAGAGGACUUACUCCAGUCAAGAUGCCCUGCGGACAAAGCUUCAGCGCAUCUUCAUGUCCAUCUCUGGCCUUGUCCUUCACGCCCCGGUGUUCAAAGACUACAUCUUCCAGGCCCUGAAGGAGUUCUAUCAGGACAAAGUGCUCUUCCUGGAGAUCAGAACCAGGCUGAUGCCGGUGUAUGAACUGGACGGGCAGAUCCAUGAUGCGCUGUGGAUGGUGAAGGCUUAUCAGGAAGCAGUUGUCAAGUUUCGAGCAAUUCACCCAGAAUUUAUGGGACUCAGACUCAUCCUUUCAGAGAGCAAAUCCAAAAGUGUGGCUCUCGUCACGGACGCCAUUGUGCAAACCAUCAUACUGCGGCGGCGCUUCCCCGACAUGGUGGCGGGCUUCGAUCUGACUGGUAUGGCACUCAGGCAGACACAAACCUUGUGGAUGCUGUAAUAAUGAAUGCUACCAGGAUUGGCCACGGAUUUGCUUUGACCAAACACCCAGUGGUCACAGCUUAUGCGAGGGCAAAGGACAUCCCCAUAGAAGUCUGUCCCAUCUCCAACCAGGUCAUGAAGCUGGUGUCCGACCUGAGAAACCACCCUGCGGCGGCUCUGAUGGCCCAGGGCUACCCCAUGGUGAUCAGCUCUGACAACCCGGCUGUCCACGGGGCCAAAGGCCUGUCCUACGAUUUCUACGAGGCCUUCAUGGGCAUCGGCGGGAGGAGCGCCGACCUGAGGACCCUGAAACUGCUGAUCAUGAAUUCCAUCAAGUACAGCUCCCUGCCCAAGGCAGAGAAGGACUUUUUCAUGAACGCCUGGGCUGUGGAGUGGGAUCAUUUCAUCGAGGGGCUGGCUAGGAAGCUGGCGUGAAGAGAGCAGCCCUCCACCCCCCUCCGCCCCUCUGCUUCCUGCUGUGUGCUCAGCUUGAGUCCAGCGCAGCCUGUUUCCUAUCACAACUGCCCUAGUGAAGACCAGCGAUGGCUUCUGCAUCGCGUGACCCUUCAGAAACAGUCAACCAUGGGCUGGGGAUUUAGCUCAGUGGUUCCGCUGCCUGCCUUGCAAGCGCAAGGUCCAGAGUUCAAUGCCUGGUACCUCCCCAAAAUAAUAAUAAUAAUAAUAAUAAAUAAACAGUCAACCAGCUGACCAGACUCACCUUAGCCCCGGGCCGUGGACUCCUCCAGCCUCCUCCACCCGGCCUCUGGGAGGUGUCCUCAGGGCUUAGUC